AUGCGCAUGCGCACCACCUUCUUUCCUCGGCCACAGCGCCCCGUGGACCCGGCAUUGCUGCACCUGAGGGGCCCAUCACUGGCGGGUCCGACCGUCGAGGCUUCGCGUGAGGAUCGCGCCACGUUGUCGCUGGACCAAUUGCCGGCAGAGUUAGCUCACAUCCUCGGUGACGGCGUUCACGAGUUGCACAUUCGCUGGGCCAGUCCACAGCCCUUUGAGGCCGUCAGCCCGCUGUAUGCCCGUCUAGCGCCCGGCCUCCACGUUUUUUACACCCCCCAGACGGCUACGGAACAGAGCCGGGAUGCUAUCUGCCUUCUUCUGCACAAGGUCUUUGGCCCAAGCCUCGACUGCAGAUCUCUCAGCAAUUCCUUCACUGUCCUCGGAGGUGGUCGCUUCUCUCAUUCUGCUGGUUACCAGUAUUACUCAGAUCUAGAGGAUCUCUCUGGUCUUGCCGACUAUGUCCAGACCAAGUGGUGCCCUGGCGAGGAUGGAACCCCUUGUCCCUUCAACGUGGACCUGCUGCUCGGCGCCAGCUCGGUGGACCUAUCUUACGAUGCCAUUUCGCACGCGUUGAAGGUGACUACAUUUUGGCCGUUGGCCGCACGAACUAUCGAGGGAACGGCCCAGCCGGGCUCUCGUACGGAGCUGGGAGUCUUGUCAGGUGAAAUGCCUGCAAACUUGGAGCCGUUUGAACUUGGCAUGGCUGGCCAUGUGGCAGUUCUAGGCGAGGAUACCCAUCCAUCUCCGGUUGUGUUCUCCUUUCCCUCGCGGCACCGAAAUGCCGAAGGGGCCUCCUUUUCGUCCGGCUUUCUGCGGCCUGCUGGCCUGCACCCGGCGCUGCAACUUCGCAUCGCCUCCGGUCCACCACCACGGGUAGAUAGCUCAGACGACGGGUUUGCGUCAUCUUCAUGCAAACUGCAUGCCUAUUUGACUCUACCUCGACAUAUCUUUGCCGACAAAUACCAGCUCAGCGAUCCUCUGUUCCUUGCGUCAAAAAAUCUGACAGCCUUGCGCCACACCACACAGCCAGUCGACCUAGAGGCCCCCGAUUAUGCCGUCAGCAGCUGGGGUUCGGCAAUCCUGUUGGAGCUUAAACCGCCUGCAGAGCAACAGACCCAAACUUGGACUGCCGAGGUCCCUCUGCAUCUUCGCUAUCUCCAGCCGGCGGCCGGCGGCUACAGCAUCGCCGAGCUUCCGUACCCGGUUGUGUUCUGGGCCUGUGCAGCCGAAGACGGCACCAAAUUCUCGACCAACCCGUUUGACCGCGUGAACCUUGGCUACGACGGGCUCUUCGGACCACGGACAGAGUUUUGGCAUGUAACGCCCAACCCGCCUCCGGCGUCUGAUAAGGCGGUAUUGUCCUCGUCAAACAGCUUGAAGAUGGCAAUUCGCGUGCCUGUACUCGAUUCUAGUAGGAUGGACAAGGUCAAUGUCGGCACUGCGGCUGUCGUGCUUCUUGGAUUCACCUGGGUGUUAUGGAAGUUGCUGGCAGUCUAUCGCAAAGCGGGACAUGGCCGGCUGCCAAAGCCAGAGACAGAUGCAGUCGAGAAGAAGACGCAAUAG